UGGCGAGGUCGCCGUCAAUCUAUAAAUGGUUCGCGUGACAAUGAAGCUUACAUUUGAAGGACCGGCGUCACGGUAUAGGACAUUGCCGUCCAUGUUGCAGUAGAGUCUGGGAAUGGGGAACGUGACAGUGUUGGACCCUUGGGAACAGCUGUUUGCAUCAGGGAAACUAAGGUCACUGGGGCCUAUCGGGUAUUUGGCAACGUCUGUGUACCUUGCCACCAUAGGUAUCAUCGCCACGUUUGGGAACGGCCUCGUCUGUUAUGUUAUUUUACGGAGCAAGAAGCUACGAUCCCGGCCCCACAACAUGCUGCUGGUCAACAUGGCGUUCUCAGACCUGUGUAUCACGGCUUUCGGCUACCCGUACACCACCAUAUCCGGCUUUGCCAACAAGUAUAUGUUUGGCUGGGUGUACUGCAAGAUGCAAGGAUUCCUCACCUUCACCUUUGCCCAGUCAUCCAUGAACACCCUUGCUGUCAUCAGCAUUUACCGUUACGUGUCUGUCUGCAAGCCUCAUCUCAACUACAAGUUGACGGUGAGUAUGACCCAGUUCGUGUUGUUUCUCACGUGGCUGUACACUGUGCUAUGGACGGCGCCGCCACUGUUCGGGUGGAGCCGCUACACCAUCGAGCCGUUCGGGACGUCGUGCAGCAUCGACUGGACCAGUGCCAAUGAUUGGGACGUCGCCUACGUCUACUGCCUCGUGGUCUUCUGCUACCUCGUCCACAUUGCGAUCAUGUCCUUCUCCUACUAUAAGAUAGUGAAGAAGUCCGCGACGCUGAGAAUGAACACACGUAAAACUAUGGACCUUGAUGAAGCAAAGCAAGUCCACAAGAUGAAGGUUGAGAUCAAAGUCACUGGGAUGUGUCUGACAAUGGUCAUCAUCUUCACCAUAGUGUGGUCCCCCUACACCUUCGUGUGCCUGUGGUCAGUGUACGACCCCAACCUGCCUAUAUGGACGACCACUCUCCCCACCAUGUUCGCCAAACUGGCCAGCAUGCUCAAUCCAUUUAUCUAUGUGGCCACCAACAGAUCUUUCAAGGACGCUGCGAAAGAGUUAAUCUUCGCCCGACGGAACAGGAUCCAUGCAAUUGAGGACUUUCGCAGAAAGAGGAGGACGACUGAGAAGUCCAUCUACACGAUUGACCGGACAAAGGAGGGUAUCUACAUAGGUGUGGCGGAGGUCAAGAUAUCAACCAGAGACACUACAUUCUUCUGAAGACUUCUUUUGUGCGUAGCGUAGGGGCUGAAGCUACGAGCGGCGUUGUAUCCAGUUACUGAGGCUUGGCCCGUCGUCCGUCUGUCUCUCUGUCUGCUGACGACUCUGGCCACGGGUACAUCUCAUCGCAGCUAAACAGCAUCUAGAAAGUCAAUAACUGCCAUAGAGUUCGCUCAGUUAUAAUGAGACCAUGGCCAUGAAAAUGAGUUGAAUCAAACUUGAUUACUCGCAAGUAAUGUUAAAAUUGAUGACGUUUGUGUUUUAGUCACGUGAUAGUUGUAUUCAGAGUUUGUUGCCAGCAAACAUUGUC